AUGCUGGUUGAUGAGUCACAAGAAAAACUAAAUGAGCUUGUCGCAGAUUUCGGAUGGACUCAUGAGUUUCUUUCGCAUCCAGUCGAAUAUGGAAGAUGCUCCUACUCACGGAAUCAUUGGGUUCCUGUAAAGUCUCUCACAACACACAAUAAUUAUUGCACAUUACGUCAACAAGGUUUCGUUAAGGAAGAGAUAGAUGUCAUGAUACCGAAUUCGAGUAUAUGUACGGCUGAAUGUACUCAACCUACAUCUGAUUGGACAAAUGAUCCAUCUUGGAUUAUGAAUAUGCAGGCAUUUUCCACAGAUAAAUCUCAUCGGUCAUCUAAUAAUUCAUCACAAGAUGUAUCUAAAUUAGAAGUUUUAUCUAUGAUGAGAGAUGCAAAACGACGUCGUCAAAGCUAUAGAGGAAUACAUACUGCAAGAAAAUCUUAUACUGAAGUAUUACGUGAAAUUAUAGCACAACAAACUGAAAUGUUGACAGCCAGUCAAGAAUUGUCGGAACAACAGUCUCAAGAUAAAAGAUCUAGUAGUGUAGAAUCACUUUCAAAUCAAACUGAAAAUGUUCAUAAAAGAAGUCACUAUUCACACAAAUAUAAAACACUGGAUACUUCACGAAUACAACACUAUUCUCCUUCGAAUUCUCCAUCGUCAUCAUCAACAACUCGACGAUAUAAAGAAACUUAUACAUCCAAAUCAACUUUAAAGCAUACACAUCAUCAAUCAUCCAAAUGGAAUGAUAGAAGACAAUCAUCAUCAGCAGUAUCGCCAUCAUCACCAUCAUUAUCAUCAUCUAAACAUAGGACUUCUAGUUCAGAGAUAAACAAAAGUUUUCAUCAUGAUAAUGAUGUUUCUCCGGUGCAUAAAAAGUUGAAAAAACACAAAAAAACAUUCUAA